CACUGGGAACACCGUGAAGACCUAGCAAAGCCAACUGGUGCGGUAAAGUUUAAUAAUUGUUUGCGAAGCCCGACUUGCGCCCAUCUGAGCACCUUGUGACGAUAUCUAUAAUCCCGUUGCCUUCGAAUUCAUCCCCGCAGGGCCCCCCACGAGGGCAUAGGGUAUCCAUUCUUCCAAUUCUUCCAAUGCCAAACCACCUCAGUAUUCCUUUCAAGAAGACGUAUUCAUGUCCUAUACCUAUUGCCACACGCGAUUACAUUCAAAAUCACACAGAGGAUCACCCGGAUGCGUAUAUUCGCGACAUCAAUCAAUGGAAGUCAUUGCGGGAUAUCGGCACUGGGGGCGUAUUACAUUCUGACCGUAUCAAUUUCGCGUUAAAUUAUCACGCUCAACUUGUAUUCAUUCUAGCCAAAUUACCGUCCGACAUCAAUCUGGAAUUUUCAUACGCACAUGCGUUUGCCUCGAGCCCGUCUUCCCUGCCUGUAACCCUGAGGAGUAUUACAUUUGAGCGGGCUUCAGUCUUGUUCAAUAUAGCAGCACUAUAUUCCCAAUUAGCUGCUUCCGAAGACAGAUCCAGUCAAGAUGGCCUAAAGCGUGCAAGUUCUUAUUAUCAGAAUGCCGCUGGCGUCUUUGCCUUCCUCUCCACGUCAGCGCUGCCGAAACUGGGCCCUUUAGUGGAUUCAGAAAACACGCCUUCCGAUCUGACCGAGAAUAUUGUAAAAAGUCUGGAAUGGCUUAUGCUGGCCCAAGCCCAGGAAUGUGUCUGGCAGCGUGCCGUCACUGAUCAUUACAAGAAUAGCCUGAUUGCGAAACUAGCGGCAAAAGUUUCGUCUCUCUACAACACUUCAUUGCUUUCGAUCCGCCUAGCUUCCGCGGACAGCUGUGAUGCCUUGCCAACUAGUUGGAUUCCUCACCUGGAGACGAAGCAGUAUCAUUUCAAUGCAGCAUCACAAUUUAGGAAAAGUAUCGACGAGCUCGAGGCCUCCAGGUACGGUGACGAGAUACAGCGUCUAAUGAUGGCCGAGGCAGAUGCUAAAAAAGGAUUCAACAUUGCCAAGCGUGCUGGGGUCGCUCAAGCGGUCCUAAACGAUGUCAAGUCAUUGCUUGACGUUGUGCAGAAAAAUCUCACCCGUGCUGAAAGAGACAAUGAUCUGAUAUACCAUCAGAAUGUUCCGGCACCUUCUAGUAUCCCGGUAAUUCAAGAAGUCUCUAUGGUACAGAGCAUCAUUCCGCCUGGGUUGCGGGACCCCAAAACCGCAAUCGGCAACGACAACAUAAUUUUUGGUGAGAUGCUUGGAUGGGGUGCUCGGGAAGCUAUCAAUAUAUAUAAUGACAACAAGGGGAAUCUGCUUCAAGAGAAAAUCGUCGAACCCGCCCAGAAUCUCAACGAUGAAGCUGAUAAGAAACUCCAAUCUCUCAACCUGCCAUCAUCAUUGGAAGCCUUGGAACGCCCUGUCGGGUUACCUCCAAGUCUGCUGAGGAAAGCUGAAGAAAUACGUCUAGAGCAAGGGCCCACGAAGAUCGAUGUCUAUCUCGACGACGUUCAGCGACUAUCUCGACAUGUACUCGGCAUACUCGACGAGGCUAUGGAUAUACUAGACAGUGAGGCGUCCGAGGACGAAGCUGCGCGCAGAGAGACGCUAAUGAACCGCCCUCCAUCUCAUGAAGCAAACCAAGAGCUUGUCAUGAAGCAACAACGGUACCGGACCAUUCUCAUACAGGCAGCCGAAAGCGACGAGCUCGUGCGCAGAAAAUGGGAGGAAUGGGAAGAUCAAAUUAUCGAGCUUACUCGUGAUGAGGAUGAGCUCGAAGCUUUGGUGCCGUCAUCGACAGUCUCUAUGACAGGAAAGGCAGUGUCAACUAGUCAGACUCAAAUCCACGCUCGCACCCUGCGUGGCUUGUUAGAGUCUUUGGAUGAUAUUCGUCGUACUCGAGACGACCUUGUUGUCCGUGCCCAAAGACGAGCGGAAAGCGACGAUAUACGGCUAAAGGUACUAACGGCAGCUGCAAGCUUAGAGCAUGGGAUAGAAAUGAGCGCUGUUAUGUUUGAAGAUGUUUCCGACAAUGAACUCGCUAAGUACGACAAGUUUAUUCAAGGUCUGACCGAAGGGCGGAAAAAACAAGAGGAGAUUCUUUCGUCGAUCAAGUCCACGAAUGACGCGUUCAUACAGUCUAGGAAACAAGACCCUGCUGUCAAGGAUCGAGAGCAGGCACUUCAAUUUCUUGACCUCGCGUAUUCCCAUUAUAGAGAGAUCAUUCGGAAUCUAGACGAAGGGCUGAAGUUUUACAACGAUAUGGCCGGUAUCUUGACUAACUUCAAGGAAGCUUGCAAGAUAUGGAGCAGUGCACGAAGCCGAGAAGCCAGACUCCUCCAUCGAAACAUGGCGUCUCUAUCAAUCCGUGACAACGCUUCAGAUGAAUCUCACGAAGUACCAGUGCCCACGGUGUUACCACUAAGGAAAGGCACUCGGAAACAGACUGCUGGUAUACCGACGCUGUCCUCAGCUGAUUGGGAGGCUCAAGAACUGGCUCCCCCACCAGCAAAACAUACAGAUAAAACCGCAAAACAUCGAUGAUGAACAUUGGGUGUCAGUGGCUGCACAAUUACGUUCGUGGAUGAAUGCGAACGGGAACUGUAUGUAUGUAUCGUCCAUGUAUAUGGAGGGAUAAGCUGAAUAUACUCAUAGUACUGCAUGUUUUAUAUCCAGUGAAUAUUGAUCCUGCUGAUUGCCUCUCGCAC